UUCCAGCACUGGGACCCCUGUGAUCGAAUUGCGCUCUCGCAUCACAACAAUUCUCAUCUCCGAGAGAGAAAGCCGGAGGAACAAAUGGCCCCUCAAACUCUAGAGACCGACAAGCAGACUCAUCUGCAGUACCUCUCACAAGCUCUGGAUCUAGCACGCCUCUCACCACCAAAACCAACAAACUUCCGCGUCGGCUGCGUGAUAGUAUCUUAUCCCAAAACUACAUCUACAGAUCCGCUCGCAACACCAUCGCUAUCAUCGGAUUCAACGGAAGCACACGCGCAAAAAGGCCGAGUCCUAUCAACAGGCUACACCCUCGAAUUCGAGGGCAACACACACGCCGAGCAAUGUGCACUAUCUAAGCUGGCGCAGCAUCACGGCACAGACGAAGCACAUCUUCACGGACUCGAUGCUCUGUCCGCCAGACAGAAUGUGACAUUGUACACGACUCUCGAGCCAUGCGGAUUACGACUUUCAGGCAAUAAGCCCUGCGUCGAGCGCAUCAUUGACACCCGUCGGACCGGGUGUGGAAUACGUAGAGUCAUUUUCGGCGCGAGAGAGCCCGGGACGUUCGUGAAGGACUCGAAAAGUCUGGCGAGGCUAGAUGAGGCGGGAGUGCCGUGGGAAUUUGUGCCGGAUCUGCAGGAUGAAAUUCUCAAUGUGGCGAAGGAGGGCCACACCAAGACCACGGGCACAGCUACAGAUACUCAGGGCCAGAAGAAGGCUAUAGAUGAUAUCUCGUCGGAAGAGAGGAGGAGGCAGGAACAAUUGCCAAGGAAUCCGAAGAAGAGGAUGAUGGAGGUUUGACGUGCCGUGAUACCCUUCACAAGGAAGGCACGGCACGAACGUGGACAUCCCGAGAUGGGCGAUAUGAAUGCACUGAAAAGUGAAAAGGUUAUGGAAGUCCGGGACGACUUGAGACGAUGCACGGUGAAAUUGGAUGUACAUACUCAAGAGGGACGAUCUCAGGAUGAGACAGCUUGAUAAAAGAGAGAAACGUCAAUUGGCGAGGUGCUCCUGGAUAGGAGACUUGAUAUCAAUAUUGAGUAUGGCU